AACGAUCCACAGUCCAAAGUCGCUUGCAGCGAAAUACAUCUAUCCAUACCCAGUGCACAGAAAGUUGAAACACCCCAGAAAAUAUGUACAAAUUCGUGUUGAUCGCCAGCCUGCUGGUCGCCCUCUGCAUGGCAGCUCCUCCCCGCCAGGAAUCCGAAGCCGAAAGGAUAGAGAGGGAGGAGUACGAGAAAUAUCAGAAUGAAAACGCCCAGUACUCGUUCAAUUCGAGUGUGGAUGAUAAGAUCAACGAUGGACAAAUCUCACGUAAUGAGGAGCGCGAAGGAGGCACUGUUCGUGGUUCCUACAGCUACUUCGAUGGUUUCGUGAAGCGCCGUGUUGAGUACAUCGCCGAUAAGGACGGCUACAGGGUGCUCAAGGACGAGAUCGAGGAUGUCGGCAAUGGUCCUUCGUUCAAUCCCGAUGGCAUAGCCAACGUGGAGGGCUCUAUGAUCGGCAAAUACUCCAUCAAACUGGAUAAGGCCGACGAUGACAAGCACUACAAGGACAUUCAUGCCUAGGGCAAAAUGAACUGAGGAUUUCUAACAUUUAGAAACGGACUGAAUACUUUGUAGACCCCCAAAAUAGAGUAAAACACAAUCUGAACAAAAAGUGUAUUUCUUCUUCUCCCAAAUAAAAUAUUGAAAAAACUUU